AUGUGGCGCAGAGUGACGUUCCAGUCAGGUCUCUAUGGAGGAAACAACAACAGCAGCUCUCCUCUCUCCAGCGCUGGAAAUUCGCCCAUCGUGUGUGAGCGCUGCCAGGAGGUUUGUCGAGGGGAGGUGGUGCGUGUCAAGAACACACAUUUCCAUGUUCACUGCUUCACCUGUCAAGACUGUGCAGGCUGCCGCGAGGAGAUCAAACAGGGUCAGUCUCUGCUGGCUUUGGAGCGACAGUGGCACGUCACUUGUUUUAAAUGCAGGACAUGCAACUGUGCACUCACCGGUGAAUACAUCAGCAAAGACGGGGUGCCUUACUGCGAGACCGAUUACCACGCUCAGUUUGGGAUCAAAUGUGAGAGUUGCAGCAGGUACAUCAGCGGCAGAGUGCUUGAGGCUGGGGGGAAACGUUACCACCCCAGCUGUGCCAGGUGUGCCCGCUGUCACAUGACGUUCCAGGAAGGAGAAGAAAUGUUUCUUACAGGUUCAGAAGUUUGGCACCCCAUGUGUAAAGAAGCAGCUCGACUGGAGAGAAAACUGAGGCUGAGACGUACCUCCGAGACGGCGUCUAUAUCUCCUGCAGGCUCCUCUCCCCUUCUUGGCUCUCCUCAUCGACUCAUCUGUUCUAAGACUUACAGUGAUGUUUUAAGUAGCUGGCAGCUCUGCCCAGUGUCAUAUAUGCAGCAGCCAGACAUCAUUUCUUAUCAGGCCGACCACGCACACACACAGAUCUCAGUCGGCUUCAGCUGUGGACAGUCAUUUGGCUCCUUAUCACCACAUUCACACCCAGCAGUCAUAAACAUACCAAAAGUUUCCCCUCAUUUCCUCUUCCUCCCUCCUCUAGUCUCCAGGGUGAGGAGGUUUUCAUCUGGAGGAGAGGAGGAUGGAUGGAAUCACAACAUAAACAGGGGAAUUGGAAGGAUGAUCCUGAAGGAAGAGAUGAAGGCUCGGUCAGGUUGUUACGACAAUGACCACUGGAGGAGCGCCCGCAGCUCCGGGUGUAACAGCAAAGAGACGCUGAACAGUCUGGAGUACAGCUCCCUUAACGGCUAUCCCAGGUCCACCUGCAGCUCAGACAACGACUCCUACAUUGCCAAAUCUGCCUCGUUGCCCGGCUACGGCAGAAAUGGACUGAACAGACCGGAGAGUACGAGUACAGAUUAUUACCAGUAUGACAGCAGUAACGCAGUGAACUGGCAGAUAAGAGAAUACAAGAUUUACCCAUAUGAAGCUCUUGUAGUGUCAGUUAGAGGACAGCAGCGUCUUCCCAGUGAUGUGGACAGAGCCAGACUAGAGCGGCACCUCUCACCAGAAGAGUUUUACAGAGUCUUUGGCAUGUCCAUGUCGGCCUUCGACCGGCUCGCUCAGUGGAAAAAGAACGAACUGAAAAAACGAGUCCGACUCUUCUAAGAAAAAGUCGACCGAUCCGUCCAACAUCAACAGCGUGCUCGGAGAACAGCUUCUAUAAAAGCUUUCCGAUCCUGAGAGUGACUACAUCUGUGACUCGUCAGAGGGAAACUUUCAGCUCUGGGUGUGUAAAAGCAGCCAACUGGGUCAAAGGAGGGAAACGGAAAAAAAAACAAAAAAAACUGGAACUGGGGUUUAACGGACGCAAAGGUAACUGGUGCAGAGUUGUUUCUCUGCCUCUCAUACCAACAGAUG